UUGGCCAAUGAGAAGCCGCCUUGGUUUGCCUCCGGUUUCGGGGUAGUGGCAAUCAUGGCGCCACCCGUGAGGUACUGCAUCCCCGGCGAACGUCUGUGUAACUUGGAGGAGGGCAGUCCGGGCAGCGGCACUUACACCCGGCACGGCUACAUCUUUUCGUCGCUUGCUGGCUGCCUGACGAAGAGCAGCGAGAACGGCGCGCUUCCUGUCGUGUCUGUGAUGAGAGAAACAGAGUCCCAGUUACUGCCCGAUGUGGGGGCUAUUGUAACCUGUAAGGUCUCUAGCAUCAAUUCGCGCUUUGCCAAAGUACACAUCCUAUAUGUGGGGUCCACACCACUUAAGAACUCUUUUCGAGGAACUAUCCGCAAAGAAGAUGUCCGAGCUACUGAAAAAGACAAGGUUGAGAUUUAUAAGAGUUUCCGCCCAGGUGACAUUGUCUUGGCCAAAGUGAUCUCCCUAGGUGACGCACAGUCCAACUACCUCCUGACCACUGCCGAAAAUGAGCUGGGGGUGGUGGUGGCCCACAGUGAAUCAGGUGUCCAGAUGGUUCCCAUCAGCUGGUGUGAGAUGCAGUGCCCUAAGACUCACACGAAAGAAUUCCGGAAAGUGGCCCGAGUACAGCCCGAAUUCCUGCAGACCUAAGAAGCCACAUUUUACCCCAGGGAGGGGGGUAAGCUGUUUCCAAGAGUAUAUGUAUGAAGGUAACGUCAAGAUGCUAUUAUCUUUAUUCAGACACCUGGAGUCGACCAACAACCACCUUUGGAAAAAUCUGCCAGAAACUUACUCUGUAGGGGGAACAUUUUUCUUGUGAACCUUGCAGUGGAUUUCAUUCUCUUGAGCGAUAAAUUUCUGUUUUGGAGGCACCAGCUAACAAAGUGUAUAAUGUUGGAAAUAGCCUAUUCCUUCUGACAGUCUUAUAAAUACAUAAUUUUUGCUGUUGACAAAAUAUUUUUACUAAAAGGAUUUUAUGGCUUCUGUUGUCCUGAGUAGGGAAAGGAAUCUAAAUGGUGUCAUGACAUUUAGAGCAGGGGUUUGCCUGGUGGCACCCGUUACCUGACAUGUGUCAAGUGCUUGCUUGCUCUGGACAAAGCCUAAUCUCCAGUCUUUUUUGUAUCUCUCAUGUUCUGUUUUAAGUACUUCUGCUUAUUGAGUAACUUACUAUGUGCCAGGCACUGCGUCAAGCACUUUAUAUACAUUCCCUCAUUUAGAGAGAUUAUGGUUUAGUGAAAAUUAUAGGACACAGGUGGUGAUUCGGGUAGCUUGCUCUGAAAGUAAUUUGGUAAACAUAGUAUUACUGAUACAGUGGGUACUCCAGGAAAUGUUUGUUAAAUCUGAAUUGCAAAGAGGGACAGAGCACUAUCAUGUGAGGUGGCCAGGAAAGGAUUUGUGACAUGAGGUAAAAGGAAUUAAAGAACUUAAAUAAGUGAAGAUAUUCAAGGCAGACAGAAGCCUGAGCAAAGUGCAGAAGCAGGAAUGAACACAUAAGUUUGAACAUGAGGAAGGGAUGAGGGUUAAGUAUGGGGAGGUUGCAAAGGGAAUGGAAGGAAAGAUGAAUUAUGAGAUGUCACUUCUUGAGAUGUUAUUCAAGGAGCCCACAUCUUCUCUGUGUAGUGACGGUGGUUGAGGGUGAGCUUUGGAGUCAGCCCUCCUGGGUUUGUAUCCUCUAGUUGCCAGCCUUGAGUAGGUUAGGUUUAUUUUUUCAAUUGAAAAUUUUAUUGAGAUAAUUGUAGGUCCACAUGCAGUUUUAAAUGAUACAGAGAGAUCCCUUGUACACUUUACCCAGUUUCCCCCAAUGGUGACAUUUUGCAAAACUAUAGUAUAUGAUAAAAAUCAGGAUGUUGACAUUGA